AUGGUGAAUGAGUUACAGAGAUUUCUUGUUCUCAGAAAGAGAAUGGAUGAUGUCAUAGGGAAUUUUUUAAGUGAUGGUCUUCAGCCUUCUGAAACCAUGAUUGGGCACAUAGUUGAAAUGGAGGAUGGAGUUGAGUUUGAAAAAGCUACACAAUCUGAAAGGGGUAAAAAGUCACGUGCAAUUCUUUCUAGGCCUGUUAAUAGAUUUGUCACAGAACAGGUAGUUUCGGAUAAUAGGGAGUACACUGGUGUUGUUGAUAGUGCCAAAGAGUUGUUACAGACUGUUGAUGUUGUUCAUAUACUUACAAUGAAUAACAUCACAUUCUAA